AUGUUCUCCUCAUACGCUCUUUUACCUCUUCUCGUAUUAGCUUCCUCCGGCCUGGCUAAACCACUCCCGCAGGAUACCGAGAAUGGUCAAGCUGGAUCUGAUACUUCGGGUGUUGCAUCAUCGACUCAAUCCUCUCAAGCAACCGAUGACGGAUCCAGCUCUGUCCCUGCUUCCACUACUGGUGGUUCCACGUCCGCUUCCGCUACCGCUUCAGGUGGCGUCGAUGGUACUACAGCAUACGACUCUUCCUCCUCAAUUCCUAUCGAUAUUUAUGCUCAUGAACCUGUAUAUGGUGUACAGGUUCAGUCCAUUAGAGAUGAGAAGUGUUUCUCCCCUCGACCAGCCGACCCUCUUGAGAGUCUGACGACUGGAACACCUGUCGACUUAUAUCCAUGUGUCGAUGCGCAAAACCCCGCAAACAACUCCAGAACUUGGGACGUCGUCCCUGGAGAAGGAGCCUUCAUUUUGAACGGCACCAACUUCGCUUUAGACGCCGUACAAGAUAGUACUGGUAUUUACCAGUUACAGCUCAAAGAGUUUUGUAACUGCCACGAGCCUGAACAGUUUUACGUCACCAAUGAUCUUCGAAUAGCUCUUAAUGGCACUGGUCAAUGUUUGACUGUAGAUGAAGAUACCGAUGCUGAAGGUCCUGAUGAAGCUCUUGGCUUGAUCCUUUACAACUGUACCGAUCAAAACACCGAUCAAAUGUUCAUCACCAUUGACAAGACGGAUCAAGAUUACGUGGCUAUCGCUCCUCCAACAAAUUCAUACGUAGCUCAACAAGAAUCAAAGAUACAAGCAGCCAAAUCACAAACAGAUCCUGCCGUCAUAGCUGCCCAGACUACCCAGACUGCCCAGACUGCUCAAGGUUCCAGCACUGCAACAGAUACCAACGUCGCUGCUUCUGCUGCCGAUGCUACUUUAGCUUCUGCCACUGACAGCGGUGCCUCAGGUUCUGCCACCGGCAGCGCCGCUUUUGCCACCGAGAACAGCUCCGCUUUCACCGAUGGAAGCUCUACUAUCGAUGAUCUCUCCUCCACUGCCGGCGGCGGUAGUUCUUCAGCCUCCGCUACCAAUAUGGUCUGA